AUGAGCGUUACUCCGGAGCCAAACGUUGUCGUUGUGGGCGGCGGCAUCGUCGGCGCCUCCAUCGCCUGGCAUCUCGCUCCAGAGGCGAAUGUUACCGUCAUCGCCGAAGACCUCGGGGGCGUCGCGACGCCAAACUCGUUUGCGUGGAUCAAUGCGGCGACGGAAGACAAAACUUACUACGACUUUCGCAUUCGCUCCAUUGAACGAUGGAUAGAGAUAAACAAGAAGCUGCCCAACCUGCCCAUUCACUGGAGUAAGGCGCUGAGCUGGAACCAGCCCGAAGACGAGCUUGAGGAAUUCCUCGAAAAUCAUGCAGCAUGGGGCUACGACAUUGUCCGCGUCAACCAGACCGAGAUUACCGACAUCGAACCCAAGCUAGAGAGUAACGGUGUACCUGACUGGGCCGUUCUCUCUGGCCAAGAGGGCGCUAUGGAAGCAGAGCUUGUUGCCAUUCAACUGAUCGAAAAUUCGGAAGCUGCCUUUGGUGCAAAGCUUCUGGAAACUAAGGUCACUGGAUUCAUCAAAAACGAACACGGAAGCAUCGGAGGCGUCAUUACACCUGACGGAGAGGUGCGGGCCGACCAUGUCGUCCUUGCGGCCGGCCUCGGGAGCGUCCCGCUUCUAGCGGCAGAGAAUAUUAGGCUUCCCCUUUCAGGCCGAGAGGGUCUGCUCAUCAACACCCGACCAACUAAGGAGAAUCUGCUGAACACAUUGAUUAAUGGCGACCAACUGCACAUGCGCCAGACACUUGAGGGACGCAUCAGGUCCGGCAAAGACUUUUCAGGCGGUGACACUGACGGCGAUCCCCAAAAAGCGGCAGACGAGUUAUUCGCCAAGGUGCAGAAGGCUUUCAAAGGCGGAGACAAGCUCGAGUAUGAUUAUUACACCAUCGGCGUGCGGCCAGACCCAGAGGACGGCUUGCCCAUUCUUGGCCCAACUGGCCUGAGCGGUCUAACUGUUGCUGUCAUGCACUCUGGUGUAACCAAUGCUGCUGUCGUUGGCGACUUGCUUAGCAAGCAGAUUUUGAGGAAUGUGAGCGGCCCUUUGUUGUCUCCUUACAGGCUUGAUCGGUUUGAAAAGAAAUGA